CGGAUUUGCUCCGCUCGACUCAGUUAGUGGCCCGCCGCCACGGGCUAAAUUGAGUCUUCGUGUUCUCGGCGGUGGCAAGUUUGUGUCGGCCUGUCCGAGGGGAAGGGUCUCCAGGAAAGCGGCGGCUUCGGCCGCUGGCUUCGGCUUAUUGCGCUGCCACGACCCUCACGUCGCGUCGUCGAGACCCAACUCGACUUGCUCGGCUCAACGACAACAAAGACAACCAGAGCGCGCUGUAGUCUAACCUGGUCCUUUUUCGUUGUUGGCAUUCUCAAGCAGGUAGCAAAAGGCAGUGCGUGUGCCUUGCUGCGCCGUGCUGUGCUGUUCUGUGUUGUGCUGUGGUAGGAACAGGAUCAUCAUUCGUGUGCUGGAAGUAACGGUGCUGCUGUGGUGACCAGCCGUAGUGGCUGCAAUAGUAGCAGCAGCUGCUGUGAAAAAAGCAGUAUUUGCUACUGCUGCAAGUCUUGGCGUUUGUUCCAGUGGGUAUUCUAUUCUACUGUGAUACGUUCCACUCGUCUUGUUUGCUGGAGGCAAGAUGGCUGCCGCCUAACCUCCGCCACUGAGUGAUCCUGGCCCACAGCAGCCGCGACGUUAGCAGCGGCCGAACGGCAGCAGCAAAGCCGUAACCGAACGAGUCGGGUCUUCUGCUGCCUUCAAUAGAGAAACACUACUGAAGUAUUGGCGGCGGCGGCGGCGGCGGCAGCAGCAGCCGCAGCAGCAGGGAACAAACAGUCGUGAUUACUGCAGCAGCGGCUGCAAUAACAGCAUCAGAGCCGAUAAAGUGCCAGAAAGAGCAGCAGCAAUGGCUAAGUCGUUGUGCUGGUGGUAAUGCUCGUAGUAGCCAACUGGAUGAAAAAGGUUCUGCCUACUUUCUUCCGAACAGCUUUUUCCUUGUAGCAUUCUCCAUCUAACCAUCUAUAAUCUUCCUAUCUGCCCAGUUCAUUCUUACCACGACUACCAAAGCAGUCGCGACUACAAACAUUACAAUCAGCAGCACUUCUGACAACAAGACUACAACUACAGAUACUGAUGAUCUCUAAUGGCGUUCAUAUGAGUAUGCAUCGGAGCGGUCAUUUGGCAUUCUUUGGACUUCAACGCAGACCGCUUUCCGCUUCCUCGCAGUCUCGCUCUGUCUGUUCAUCAUAAGUCAUAGACUACUUCCAGUCCGCUUCUCCUGCGACCUUCUCUUCCUCUACUCCUUUCCGCUCAUCCUACUCCUUCUCUCUCUACAGUUCUUCCGCUGUUGUUGCUGCUGCUGCUGCUGCUAAUUUUGUUGUCGUCGUUCUGUUCUUCUGUAAACUGGUCUAUUUUUUUGCGUCAUCACUGGCUGCAUGUCUUCUGCUGCUGCUGCUGCUGCUGCUGUGGGCGAAUAGAUAGGGCCAAGUCGUAUCCGGGGCAACGGCUGGACGUACCUUUCAAUAUUCGAGCCAGUAUCGCUGCCGCCAUCGACAACAGCAGCAGUCGUGGCAUCAGCCUGGUUGCGUCCUGGACAGAUCGCUAUAUCGAUGGUGCUGCACCAAAAGGGUGUUCGGCAUCCAGAAGAACGACAAGAUUCUACUGGGUUAAAGUGUGACUGUGAGGAGAAGCUGUUUGAGUGCCCCAGUGUGAAAGACAAGAACGCGAAGUGCGAACUAAAUCAGUACGCGCCAGGUGACAGAAAAUGACCCCCUGGCUCGCUGAAACAGAACGUGUUCCCGAUCAACAGAUGCGUAUCUAUCUUCAGCAUCUACUAACGCUCCUUUAUCUAUGAUAUUACAGAAUCGUCAUAUAAUGCAAAUGUGACAUGUGUCGUAAGUCCAAUGCUUAAUGCAGCACGCUAAAAAUUCUAAGUUUAAAGGAACAAAAUAUUGCUUAGCAGGCGCUUGCUAUAUACAAUUGAGAUAUUCACACGGGCGGAUAGGAUCCUUGAAGGAUCCACACUGUGACCAUUGAGAUAACACAAGCAGAUGGCGUCUUUCGGCAACUCGUUCGUACUGCACCAUACUCGAGUAAUGGAAAGUUCUGCUGGACGAAGCGAUACACGCCUUGCCUUUUACCGUCCAUCAUGAAUUCGUCGUAUUCACUCUAAUCACAACAGCUCUGGCUGGCUCAAGACGCCCCUGGAAAACUUUUAUAUUCAUGAUUUCCAGCCGUAAGCAGUACAUCAUGGACAUCUUGGAAAUCUCGAAUAUGAACAUACGCUAAACAACACGAUUUUCUUCCAUCUGCUUUUUGUGUCACGGUGCGCAAUCGACUUUUUACGAAUCGUUUACCCGUAUUUCUGAUCAAUUCUCGUAAACAUGGCUUACUUUUACAUUAAACCCAACAAGCUAUUAUCGAGGAUGCUGGUGCUGACAGAUUUCAGCAGAAAAAGUCAGAACAUGUUAUUAUGGGUGAUUGUUAAAAAACCAAUGGAAAACGCCGCACUGCUAUUUACAUUAUAAGAAAAGAACCAUCAACGGGCAGCGACUUAGCGUACAGGCUCUUGCUUAGACCGGUAGUGAAUUUCCCGAAAAAUUCGGAGAUGUAACGCGCUACCCAUAGUAAGGGUAUGAUGUGAAGUAGAACAGGCCCAGUGUGGUAAACUUCGCCGGCCGAGGGUCAACCGAGCCCUUGGAGGAGCAGGCUUUAUGGCGAACAGAAGUGUGGGGCGCCUAUAGGUGGCGAGCGACCUUGCUGGGGCAAUUAGCCCCAACGCUGUUCCACUAACAUGAGAAAUUACAACGCUGUGGCCAACGCGACGGCCGCUAACCAUUGCUUCUGCGCCAUGCGUGUCACACAGGCCAGCUGUUUUCUCUUCCGCGUGCUGCUCAUCGCAGCGGUAAUACUGAGUAGCUCAGUUUGCCACCAGGGAGUCGUCUUCGCGGAGGAAGAGUGCAUUAAUAAAGGAAUUUUAUGUUACACUUGUGAUUCGACUCAGGAUCCGAAGUGCUCCGAUCCUUGGAACUAUACAGACAUAUAUGACAUCGGAAUACCUAUUGAAACCUGUAUGGGGUGCUGUGUAAAAAUUGUCACGUACAAUACGACGAGUGGUAGCGGCGGUCCGGGUGGGCGUCCACAGCGACUAACCAAUGUUAAGCGAACAUGUACUACGACGCUACAGAUCAAUCUGUUUCUCGUCGAUCACGUCUGCAUGCAUGAGAGCGACGGCAAUGGCCACAUGUGCUUCUGUGAAAGUGACAUGUGUAACGCGGCUCCACCCUCAACGCCACUUCUACUCGGUUUUCGUCCAGGCCAACCUUACGGUGGCAACAACGGCCGCUUCCAAAGUUUCCUACAAAUAGUCAUUGCCUGUUUGAUGGUGCUAAGGUUGCACGCCCGCCUCGCUAGUUACUUACUAGGACUUAACAGUACUAAUAUGGCCCGAAGUCCUGCAAGUACUAGUACUACUGUCGCCAUUAUUAUCGUCAAGAUCAAGGCCGCUGAGGCUAUCGGAGGUGAAGCAAGGCAGCUCAUCCGUCGGACGAUACUUGCCUCGUCGUCAACAAUGUUGCAUCUGCAACCACAGCUACCUAACGCGUUGUGCGUAAUUACAAUACGAUGUACACCACCUGCAGAUAAAGGCAGUUCUGCUACGACCGACGCAGACUGGGGCAGAUUCAGCGUCAAGGCCAACAAUGCUGGUAACGUUCAAGAGAGAAACGUAGACGGCAGCUGCAUCAACAACAUCUACAACAACAAUGCUAGCAAGGAUAUGUUAAAAAGCAGCAGCAGCAGCAGUCGAACUGGAACGUCUGUUUCGCCGACUGUUCGCUGUUUUUUCUGUUCAAGAACUGCAACUUCAGUAGUUAGCUAUCAAAUGCUAUUCGCGUCGCAAAAAAUCGCUAAUCGCGCACCUUCUAAGGGCCGUUUGGGCCUAACCAUUAGUGCUUCUCGAUUCACAAUAGAUAGCGCUGGAGCACAUUAUCCCCUUAGUAACAAAAAGGGGGGUGACGAGAACUAUAUACAUAAUGCUAAUUAUAUUAGUAGCACUAUUCCUCUUGUUAUUGCUUUAGCACAGUUUAUUAACAAGGAUAUUAUGACUGGGACUCAUGCGAAUCGUGCAGCUCAAUUGACAAUAAGGUCAGCAGCAAAUUGUGUAUUUUGCCAAAGAGGCUUCGCCGUAUGCGGCCACGGUGUUGGCAGAGGCCUUCAUCGUGACCAAAGCAAAGGUGGCUGGCGGAGGUUGCCGUCAGAAGAGCUCAGGCGGGACUUCCGUAAAGCAUUUCGAAUCAGUAUCGGACAAAUGAUCAGUAGGAGAAAAGGCGAAUUUGCUGAAAAAAUAAGUUCCUUAUUCAAGGGCGAUAACUUACAGGUAUCUAAUGAGAACUGGAAAAUGUAUUUACUUCAAAUAAGUUUCGACAAGAAUCGCUUCAGAACAGUUAUUACUGUUGCUGUAGUUGCUCAAAUAAGUUACAGACGUGAAGAAAAAACCAGGCCAAUCAUAGCAUCGGUAAUAGGAGGGUAAGAACGGCUGACGCUCAAAAGCAUGGUAGCACAAGAAGCUGCUGUAAUGAACAGGACAUCUCACUGUCACAGCCACUAUGUCAGCGUCAAUAAUACCAAGCGCACAAACGAGCCGGAUCUAAGAAGCAACGGCGUAUGUCAGCCAUCAAUGGCGUUAGAGAUGAAGACUCUUUGUCGACAGCGACUACCCUCCUUCCCCCGCCCGCCCGCCCGCCGCCCCAACCCACGACACCACGUCCAGUACAGCACUCAGCAGCAUCCAUCACAUCAGGGCGUUUCCUGCGGGGUAGGUGACAGUGGUGGCGGUAAUAAUACCCUUCUUAUUACGAACUAUCGUGAAGAUAGGCAUACGCCGUUAAGCGUUGUCGUACCUGGCUCAUUAUGAAAGCCUCAUCCCGAAACCCGGCAGCCUUCGCUCGACAACGUUCAUGGUUGUGCUGUACAAACACGGAAGCUAUCGCCGUCAUCAUCGUUACCAUCAUCGCCGUUGUUAUUAUUAUUAUUAUUAUUAUGAAAAAUUUCAACUGCAACAAUGUUAGUAUGCGUGGGAUUAUCGCUAAGACCGUUGCUAUCUGUAGCAUUAUGUUCAUCUUCCUUGGCCAAAUCUCACUUAAUAGAAAACUGCUUUCCACCACCUGCCUUUACUACAGCCACAACAGAUAACGACUGCUUCUAUUAUAAUAAUAAUAUUUAACAUAGUUUAGCUUCUAGGACAACUAGAAUUGAAGAAGUGUAAGUCGCUGGUAAGACGAUUGCCAUAAAUACAGUAAAUGGAACGGUUAAAAUUAUAGCCAGCGAUAUUGAUGAUACGAACCCGAGCCAUGGUUGUUACAACAUAUGAUAAAGGCAAUAUGCAUUCUUCUUGCUACCCAUGAAACAUUUACGAUUGAUACAAGGGCCAUUAUUGUUGCGGGCGAACUAGCGAGAGGAUCAACAGAAACAGGGCACUAGUGAAACAGCUACCGUCAGAUAUGACCGCGGGAAUCACCAGCGGACCAGCAAAUUGAAUGCUUAGUACAUGAAUUAGCGAUAUCCAUCAUCACUAAUUCAUGUACUGUUCAUUCAACGCUGCGACGACAAUGGACCGGGCGCGUCCAACGGCGAUGACGCUACCUAUUAACCCAGGUCCUGCCCCCUGAAGAUCCUAGAAAAGCGGGAACAGUGAAUACUAUAACAGGCAAUACGAGGUGCGCAUGCUCAAACGUCUUCUGAUGCUGACGUUCGUUAUUAUCGAUAUUUAUGUGUAGCAAGUAGAAAGCUGUUGUUCGAAUCGAAGAUUUUGUGAGCGGUACCCGUCAGAACCAGCAAUCACUGACGGAAUCUACUACUGAUGAAGAGUCUAUAGCACUGACACACACGUCCACCCACACAAAAAACAGCCGAUACAUAGACUAACCUAUAACCGUACGAAGAUCAAUAGAACUACGGAGAACGAAAUAUCUGUUAGGGCUCCACUCUUCGCAUUGACUGCAAAUGAGCAAUGACGAAGUGCAUGAUUGCAUGAGAUGUCGAUGAACCACCAAAUCGAUUGGAUGUCAAGUUCAGACGUUGAAUAACACUCCUAGUUCUAUGAGUUGUACCAAUGCUGGUUGACGUUUCCUUUAUUAUCACUCCUGCGGAUGUGUUUGUAUGAUAACGGUCAAGUGACAAAUAACCGUAGCGGCGGAUGAGCUGAAACUCCCAACGGAAACAGGGAAAACCUGCAAGGGAUCCAAAAAGAUCCGAAUCACGGCUGUGUGUGUGUGUGUGCGCCCCGCUCUGCGUACGUAUGGCGGUAAUGAUGACGUUGAUAAGCACUCGAAUUCUAAUAAUUACCGUUAUGAUAAUAUUAUUUUUUUAUCAAUCACGGCGAAAUAAUGGUGGUCGUGAGCACGUGUUCGUGCGAAUGAGUAGUUUCUAAUAAACACGAGGUGUUUGUCGGGCGCCUUAGGGUUACUGCUAUAGUUAUCGACGUCUGCGUAGUAGUCGAGAUUAUACAGUAAUCAUAAAUGAAUAUAUGUGUUCAACGGAACACUGAGAAAAUAAAAAAAAAAAAUAAACGAAGCUUGACAGAUCGAAUAAACGUAGUUUCUUUCGGCGCCAUGCAAUGAAGAUGAAGCUAUGGCAAUCAGCGAUGGCACUCUGAUCUUCUAGAUGGGCUGCUGUAGUUCCCAAUCGGAGAAGAGUGGGCAAAAACGAUUAUUGCCAUUACCCCUGCUAGUACUAUUACCGUUACUGCCAACAGAGAAAUGAUGCUGAUAGUUACAUCGUAAUGACGAUUGCGUCGUAUACAGGUAUAACCUGGCGCCUUGUUAUAUAGACGUUUUAUAUGCUAGUAUAUAUAUGGUGGCCUAUAAAGUGUCUGACUGAUAAGGUACCACUCCACUCUCGAAGAAAAAGCAGAAAUUGAGAUUCACUCUUUAUCUAUCUAACAUUACCUAAUCGUACGAACUACGAAGCAAGAAACGUAUGAUAGUAGCGGUGUUGAAAGCAAACACUGGGGUGUCGCUGCUGCUAAUGGUGGUAAAUAGGGUGUGACAUGAUAAUUGUAUAAUGGUGAUGUCAUUGGACAGCUUCCAAUGGACAUGAUAGGACCGUUCCUGUGAUGAUUCGAGAUCGUGUAAGGGAACAGGCCAGUGAAUGAGUUCGUCUGCGAUUGUCUAUAAUUAGCUUAGCCAAUUGUUGUUCAGCGUAGUCUGCUGUACCAUUACCGUUGUGAUAAGAGUAGCACUUGUUUAAAUAAUAACGUUCAUUUUAGGCAGCCAUGGCUCAGCCAAUCGCAUACAAAUGUUUAUUUAUAUUUUUUGGUUAUUCUAUAUAGAGUAAACCUAUCUAUUCCUAUUUUAGGCCUGCAGAUUGCCUAUGAAUUAGCCCGACAGUGCUGUGCUCGAAAAACGAAGUUUGUCAAUGACGCAACGUGUGUAACUAGGGGGAAGCUUCAUAACAACAUAUAGGGCUAAAAGACACGUCUCAUGAAGUGAUAUGUGUACAGGUACUCCGCUGCAAAUUUGCGAAAAUAUAGUAAUCAAUAUCAAUGGUAGAAAAAACGUUAAUGCGGUGUUGCAUAUUGCAUUGCUGAUGGUUCACCUCACUAAUAGGUAGACGAUUGUUUUAAGUAUAAGGAUAAGUGCUGCACCUGGGUUAGGUGCACAUUUGGCGAUCUUAACAUCACUCUGGGGUUCGUCGUCACGGAUCGAGAACUGACAUAACGAGAACGGUGACCAAUGUUGUUUUAGGUACCGCGGGGUCAAGCGUAACUUUCUAAUGUCACAUCUCACGCUUACGUGACUAUGAGUCUUCGACGACAAUGUUUAGGUCGAGACUCUAGAAAUUGUAAUUACCUUCAACGCGAGACAUUAUUGAGAAGAUUUUUCGAAAAGUGCGAAUUGUUUUUACUGUCAUACGCAUUGUCAAUAGAUUAACCGCGAGUAGUUUCAUGGCAUUUUGAUGGCAGACCUGCAACCCGACACAGAUUGCUCAUGGCAGAUUCUCUUUCAUCAGAACGAAGGUUAAUGAAUUCCAAAAAAAGGUGUAAAAUUGAGAUUUGCUAUUAAUUAGAGGAAUGAAAUCCAGAAAGCAGAAAGGUGCCGCUUUGAUGACCGGCACUACUCUCCCGUAAUGACGUACGAUGGUCAUACAGCUUCGUAUUGGCGCGCAAGGUCAGUGGCUUGUUGAUGGCAAUCUGCAACCCCGUAGAUCUCUCGCUUAUUAGUGAUGCUGGCUUCUAGUUCAACGGUAAUAAGUUACUAUCGCUGAAAAUGAUAAUUGUUGGAUGAGGAACUUCUUCCUGUGGCGACCUCAAAGCUGUCGAGGCUAACGGAUACCCCGAAUUAAACUUGCCUAAUACGUCCAUUUACUCUCUCUCUGGUAUCUCUGGCAUCUCUGGUACAAAUCACUCUCACAACUCCUACACAAAUGCUUCAUUAUAUUUAACGCAAAUAAAUACACCGAGUCAUAAACAGCGUCCCUUGGCGUUUUCUCUCUCUCCUAAAAAUGGUCGUUACAAGGAGCCCACAUGCUGUACAGAGGUUAUAUUCUUUAAGAGUGCACCACAAAUGAUACCGCCAAAAUCUACAUAUGUUAUAACAAUGAUACCAUUGAUUUCAGAUAGAAAUAACCUCUUGUAUUGCAGGGCGUUCAAUAAUAAACUUCAAGUGCAAACCAUCACAUGAUAACACCAAAAGUAAUUAUUAUUGUGUGAAGAAAAGGCUAGUAAUUAUAUGUAGGACGAGAAAAAGGUAACUGAUUGUGUACAUGUUGUGAUCCUGUUGAGGGGCAGCUUGUCUCGAUUUAGUGAUAGAAUAUGUAAACUUUUUCAGUUGUGUAGAGUAAGGAUUCUCACAUAUAGUAGACCUGACAUUGUCAAGGUCUACCAAGGCUGGAGAUUACUAUAACCCCGAGCGGAAAGCUGUUGCAUUGUUGUGCGAACGGCUUGUAAAAAAGGUGUACAAUAGAUGUAAUGAUAAUGUUUCUGAAGCGUUUAUUGUACGGGAAACUGCACACAGAGAUCAGGACACUGGAUAACCCGGCGAUAUAAGCAGCAGGGAAAAAUGUAAAUUCAUUCAAACAUGAUUCACAAAAGGCAGACGGAAUAAAAGUAUGCAUGUAUCUGUAAAAGCAGGUAGUUCCACGCUGACGAAAACAUCAAAAAAAAAAAAUGUUCUUUAUUACUGCGAGUCAACAUAGAAAGGAUUAUGUCUGCCUCGAUGAGCUGAACACGGAAGUUCCCUUUAUUUAAAUCCACAUAACGAAUAGACCCAUCCUCAUGAGGUGCCACCUGCCAUACCUGCUCUCUAUACAUCUGUACCCAGCUCAACUCGUUGCAGACAGAGGCUCUGCCGGCGGAUCGUUCGCUCGUUGGACGCAAAUGAAAGAAAAAGCAAUGUGUCCUGGUAACACAUAGAUCGUGCCUACAAUUCAUAUACAUACAGCGUCAAGGCCAAGAUUAUUGAGAGAGAGAGAGAGAGAGAGAGAGAGAGAGAACGAUGGCCGUGGCGGCAGUGGUGUUGACACAAUGGCCAACGGGUAUGACGAUGAUAAUGGUGACGACGAUGACGGCGAUUAUGCGAACGAGAUACUGUUUUCCAUAAUGAAUAAUCCUGCUUGUGUAUUAUUACCAUUACUGCUAUUUUUGCUAUUAAUAGUUGUAGCCCGAUCAUUUCUGCUACUAACCUGUGUAAACUCAUUAAUGAUAAUGAUGAUUUUUGGCUGUACACAUGAGGUAGGAUGCGGUAAUGAUCAAGUAAUCUGCUCAAGUUAGAAAACACAAGAACGAACACCUGUAUGAUGUUAUACACGCAACAUUUCUUCAUAUUGGUGCGUAGAAUGGCUAUCUUACGACUGUUUAGUAUGAUCACAAUGUUGAAUAAGAGAUGCUAGUCUACAAUCGGCGUACAUGACAUUAAUUGUCUGGAUGCACGUACGUGCGCGACACGAUAUAUCCGAUUGAUAGCUAGCUACGACUAAUCCAGUUGAAAAGCUUUUUCGGUUUAUUUAAUCAUCAUCUUCAUCGUAAGAGUGAAAUAUUUGUUACAGUUGAUAGUAACAGCGUUCGAGAAUGACUGCAAGAGCUUAGUUGUGUUCCAGCUCUGCUUAAUGAAUUAACUUACUAUCAAAAUAAACAUAAAUAAGAAAUGACUGGCUAAUUUAUUUCAACUAUACUAAUAGACAUAAGCAUAGCGUGAUGUAAGCCAGAGGAGAACUGAUAUUAGUCUUUAGAUGUCUAAUUAUGGCUGCCGGUACACAUGAGAAGCCGCUAAGCAUGUUAUACAAUGCUGAGGGAGCGGACUAGGAGGUUCUUUCUGCAUAACCAGAGAGCGUCGUGGAUACAUUAUUAUUGCUAUCAUUAUUAUCAUUACAAUACAGCAGGACAAGGGAGAGCGUCCUACCUCAUAAGAGGACACAUCACAGCGAUCAGGUUUGCAGAUUGGCCAUUCAAAGAAUGCUUUUUGUAGGACUGCUAAGAGACGGGGAAGCAUACGGCAUAUUGACUUGGUUAAAAUAAGCGUAACACACUUUAAAAACACGCAGUAUUUGAAUGAAAUGAAUAUAUUCAGCUAAAAUCUGGAGUGAAGUGGCGUAGCACUCCUAGACUUAACAGCAUUUAGACGUAUGAAGCCGCGUGCAGUCUCUCAGUUCUAAAGUAAACGCUAGAAAUAGAAGUAAACUUUGGUGAUUAGGAGAUCUUACGGCUGGCCCGAUGACAAAGAGAUCGUUGCCUGUGUCUAACUCGAUCCAAGGCAGUGGUACGUGUAGGGUCUACGUCAAGGGCAGGUCCAGUAAAGUGUGUGCUAAGUGGAUAAAUUUGGUAAUUACCUUAAGAACAUCAACUCGUCUGGUUAUCCAACUUCGGUAAAAUGCUGACCAGGUUUUACCCGGGUCCCAGUUAGCUCUCGUAUGAUAGCUGCUACUAAUACAGUUGACUUCGCUCUAAACUUUCCCUAUAUUAGUGUAUUGUACAGAACGAUGAAUAGUAUGUAAAUAAUACAUCGUUAUGUUUAAAAACAAUGUUAAUUAAACCAAGAAUGGAAAAUUGUAACUAUAACAUUGCACCAAAUUCAAUACAUUGGCGGAACGUACUGCGUUGCGAUAUAAACGAUGGCCAAACAACUUCGUAAUAGUUACUAUAGCAGAUAAGCAGAAAUGACGUAAGGUAAGUGAAGGAAAGCAAAUCUCGAUAUAGUCUUUAUGCCGUUUCCUCCUUCUUUCAAGCACGGCUAUUAUAAAAAUAAGAAUAUUUGUUAAUAAGAAAAUUCGGAUACAAGGAAAAACUCAUCUCUGCGAUGAUAUAUAGUCCUUUAUUAUAAUCUAAUAGAAUGUUUAUUAACGAUGUCGGGAGCUGAAUGAACCCGAUACAUUUUUCAGCGAAUGCCACACAUUGAAAGGUGAUCUAACUAGGAUCAAGAUUCAAGGUCCAAGCAAGGAUCAAGAUGAACGUGCCGCAGUCGAAGGCACUAGACCUUCGUAAGAGGUUCAAGAGCUUUGGCUUUAUGGUCCCCUACCAUGAAUAGAGCUGUCCACCGAUACAUUGGAACAACGUAUAUAAUUAUCUUGUAUUCCUUGAAUUUCGGUACUAUAAAUCAGAUCACAUGUUUAUUACGUUAGUUGCGUUACUUCGUAUCGCAGCUUUUUUUUUUUUUUUUUUUACUACCUUACAUUUAGCCAAAUGGAAACUAAAUCGUUCUGCCUUGCUACGUAAUCACACGCUACGCGUUAAUAUGAUAUCAUAUAAAUUGAUAUAUAUAUAUAUAUGUAUCAAUUCAUAUGAUAGAUAUAUUACAGUAUACGAUGCGAGAGACGUUUACCAGUUUCCCUUUGGAAUCUCGUAGUCGAUCCGGGUGAAACGUACGUGAGAACACGGAUUGUGCCAGACGUCGAAGUAGCAUUCAAAGCGAGCUUCCGUUAAACGAUUUCAAUUUGCGUGUAAUUUUGUUACGUAAAAACACUUUUACACUUCAGAUAGCUCGCCGGAGUAAGUGGAGCUAACUUUCAAGAACAAGCUUGCGAAACAACUGGUAUUUUUUCGGCCAAACUGUUCACGUCUCAGGCGCCGAAGAGAACGUUACCGGAAGAUGAUUCUGAUAAUGAUGAUGGUGGUGAUAGGGUGGGGUCGAUUGGUGAAACCUCACAUUAAAAGCUAGUUGGGUCAGAAAACGACUAACAACUUCCAUUUAUUAAUUGAUAAUAUUCAGGAUUUUUCCAUCAAAAGGAGAACUUUUCAAAGCUGGGCAAUUAUCAAUACUCGCAGUGUAUUUCAAAUGGGAUAUAUUGUUUGUUGACUGUUCCUUGUAAUAGAAUAGGUUAUUAAUGCGGCACCGUUCCAAAUCAGUGCUGACACAAAACUCAACGAAGUGUAGCUCGGUCAUUAUCAUAACUCUAUAGACAAAUGUCACUCCGUAUUUAUUGGAUCCGCGCACUUCCUGCAUUUUUCCACUGGGUACUAGAAAAAGACUUAGCUUAGUAAGCGUCUAAUUACGCUGACAACAUUUACUAGUUUUGCCGAGGAACAUUGUGUUGCCGUACCACCCACAGGUUUUGUCCAGAAUAAAAAUCUCCGACUUGGUCGUAUCCCCUCUGAAGCAGUGGGUAGAAGAUAACACUGCGUAGGAAACGCUUAACAUAUAACCAUCGCGCGUGCUAGGCAAAAUAGAAGUAAGCCAAAGUCGGUGACGCAUCCAAUAUAGUUAGCUAGUUAAACUUGCUAUAUGCGUGCAUUGUACACAAAUGUUGGCUGCCACCACACGACCGAACUGCUCAUCUCGAGAAGGAAUCGAAAUUGUUUAGCCAAUAUUUCCUAAUAAUCAUAAUAGGCUAGAUAGGAUUUAGGCCAUUUGACGCUAUAAUCACCCCCUAUACUUUUCCAAUGGGAAGCUGACGACGAUGACGAAAAGUAAAAGAAACCUGCUAGAUGAUUAAGGUCUCACUCAAAGUCAUUUUAAAGCGCGCAUAAUUAACACUACUCCAAAUAUACAAUAACAAAGAAAAGAAGAAUGAAAAAACAAAACAAACAAAAUAAGUAAAUAACAAUGUUA